AUGGCGACCGAAACGAAAGCAAGAGAAAACAACUCUUUCGUCCUUCGAGGCGUCAAAGAUGUCCUCUUCGAAGAGCGACCGAUCCCCAAGCUCACCGGCCCCUACGAUGUUCUCCUGCAAGUCAACUGCACAGGCAUCUGCGGCUCAGAUGUGCACUAUUGGCAACAUGGCAGGAUAGGACACUUUGUGGUGAAGGAGCCGAUGGUCCUGGGUCAUGAGUCCGCGGGAACAGUUGCAGAGGUCGGAUCAGGAGUCAAGAGCCUGAAAAAGGGUGACCGCGUUGCAAUGGAACCUGGCAUCCCUUGCAGGCGUUGCGUACGAUGCAAAGAAGGCAAAUACAAUCUAUGCUUUGACAUGGCAUUUGCAGCCACUCCCCCAUAUGACGGGACCCUAGCAAAAUACUACGUUCUGCCCGAGGAUUUCUGCUACAAGCUUCCCGAAAGCAUGAGUCUAGAAGAGGGUGCCUUGAUGGAGCCUCUGUCGGUGGCUGUGCACAUCACCAAGCAGUCGGGACUGAAACAGGGAGAUAGUUGCGUCGUCUUCGGUGCUGGUCCCGUCGGCCUGCUGUGCUGUGCGGUGGCAAAAGCAUUUGGUGCAGCAAAGGUGGUCGCGGUGGACAUCAACCGGGAAAGACUGGAAUUUGCCAAGUCAUACGCUGCGGAUUCCUCUUUUGAGCCCUCGAAAGUAUCGGCGGCUGAGAACGCGCAAAGAUUGAUCAGCGAGCACGACCUUGGGAGAGGCGCCGACGUCGCUAUCGAUGCUAGCGGCGCUGAGCCCAGUGUACAAACUGCAAUUCACGCCCUCCGGGUAGGCGGCAGUUACGUCCAAGGCGGAAUGGGUCGAGACGAAAUCACGUUCCCGAUCAUGGCUGCAUGUACAAAGGAGCUCACCGUGAAAGGAAGUUUUAGGUACGGUUCGGGUGAUUACCAGACGGCUGUGGAAUUGGUCAGCAGCGGCAAGGUUGAUGUGAAGAAGUUGAUCAGCAGGAAGGUCAGCUUUGACGACGCGGAACAGGCGUUUGAGGAUGUGAAGAAUGGAAAGGCCAUUAAAGUCCUCAUCGAAGGGCCGAAAUAG